AUGUCUUCUUCGCGUUCUAGGCGUGUGGAGUACGACCGCUUCAUCCCGUUCCGGUCGGCGAUGGACAUGGACUACGCACGCUUUGCCCUAACCGGGCCUUCGAGACCGCAGCGUGAUGGUUCGAGGGAAUCCCCAUCGAGCGUGGCGUACCAAAAGCUUCUUGAUGACUGCAUUUUGAAGAACAGGUCUCGUAUCCUCGCUUUCAAGACUGCACCUGAAGCGCCGGCCAGCAAGCUGCCCCAGUUUGACGAGCCCAUUCGGCCGCAGAAGAAGCAGCAGAGGCGAAUCCCGAAAGAACCAGAGAGGGUUUUGGUAAUCCACGGCUUGUUGGAUGAUAAUGUUUUGAAUCUCCUCGACUGGGGAAGCAAUAAUGUGUUGGCAAUUGGCCUUGAGGACGCAGUGUAUCUCUGGCACGCUGCAAACGAGUCGACUAAGCUUCUACAACCUGUAGAAGACAGAGGACCUAUCACUUGCAUCCGCUGGUCGCCAGACUGUGCAGUUCUUGCUGUCGCAUUUGGCAAUUCAGAUUUAGACCUGAUUGAUCCAGCAACAGGACAUGUCGUGGAUGGGAUGGAAGAUGAGAACCAGGCCCCUGUGUUGUCACUUGCGUGGAGAAGUAAUUCAAUCUUGACAGUCGGAAGAUUUGAUGGCACUGUUGUUGAUUAUGAUUUUAGAAAGGAUGACAUGUUCAUCUGUUUCUAUAAUGGGCAUCGGCGUGGAGUUUGUAGUCUUAAAUGGUCCGUGUUGUCCGGGCGGUAUUUGACGAGUGGAGGGCAGGACAAACUAGUGCACAUAUGGGAUGCCUGCAUGCCUGUCUCAUGUCAUCAUUCACGUCAACGUCAAUGGCUUCACAGGAUCAGCAGCCACACUUCCAUUGUGAAGGCCGUUGACUGGUGCCCAACUCAGAGCAACCUGCUGGCUUCUGGUGGAGGUUGCAAUGAUCAUUACAUUAAGUUUUGGAACACCGUUAAUGGUGCUUGCUUGAACUCGAUUGAUGCUAGCUCUGAAGUUUGUGCAUUACUAUGGGACAAAAACAAAUCUGAAUUACUGACCUCUCAUGGUUCGCCGAACAAUCAACUCACCUUGUGGAAUUAUCCAUCCAUGACGAGAGUGGCUGAGGUUUCCGGUCAUUCAUCCCGGGUUCUUUCCUUGGCUGGGAGUCCACUGGGAGGUGUAGUAGCUUCUGCAGUAGCAGAUGAGAUAGUCAGAUAUGUUGUUGGUAACAUUGCGAUGGGAAGUUUCGUGGUGUCAAAGAGGCAGUACAUUUUCAUACAAGCGCAUGGAUUCGAGAUCUUCAAAUAUGAGCGCAACCGCCUAAGAUACAAAGAUAUUAAAGCAUCUUUGGAUUUGCUUAGUGGGUGA